AUGGCAGGAGGACCCCCGAACAUCAAAGAAGACAUAGAAAUGUCCACGGCUGAAGAGCUGGUUCCUGGAAGCCAAGGGCAUAGCUAAGAGCACGUGAUCCCAGCAAAAAUGAAGGAGCGUGGAUCCCAGUCCCUGGGUGUUUCUCAGCGGCAACAGAAGUUGGAUCUAAAGGCUGCUGGCUCUGCCGCGGUUUGGAAUAUGGCUGCAACCUGGUCCAAGAAAGUGGUACUCAACCCGGAGGCAGAUAUGGUCGCUGAGAUCGGCCUGGAAGAGCUAAAUGGACUGGAGAUGGAGGUCAUGAGAAGACAGAGACACUUUGGCCUCCCAAAGGGCAGCAGAGGCCCUUCCUGUGCUAACGUCCUACUUUUCCCCCCACCGACCUGGCACCACAGGGAAGCCGUUUUCUUCACCAUGCUGUUGUUCACCGGCAUCGCCAACCUCUGGCUGUGCAGCUGGAGCCCUUCCCUCCUCCCCGUCUUCCCUCCUCUCCCUCGGCCAGCCCUGCCCAACCUCCUUCCAACUCUCAGCAGCCAUCAGCAGCAUCAGGGCCAUUUCCCAACUCUGCCGGAGGGAAGCCCUAGCUGCUGGAAGGCGGAGGAAGUGUGGAAUUCCAAAGGUGCCUCUCCUGAAGCUGCUCCUUUCUUCUGCUCCGACCGGGCCAUGCAGGAGCGCUCAGAGGAAGGGAAGACCACUGCGGGGCUGGGCAAGGUCUACCCUCUGGGACUCCACCUGGAGCAUCUGUCCCCUUGA